UCUGUAUUGAGCUUGCGGUUCGACUUCUCUCUUUUUCAACAACUCACAAUGGUUGUUACCUUCCCCACCUCCCUAGUUCUGUUAAUUUUCAUGGUGUCUUGCAGCGUCAAUAUUUUCAUGGCUGACUCUGAACCUGUGUGCCAGCCCGCAUACCCCGCUCAUGCAAUUGCGGUAGAUGAAGGAGAUGUGAACUUGCUGCAAUUUGCUGAGAACCUUGAGCACUUAGAGGCUGAUUAUUUCUUAUGGGGUGCACUGGGAUAUGGCCUGGAUGAGGUGGCUCCCCAGUUAGUGAUGGGGGGCCCUCCUCCCAUUGGAGCUAAGAAAGCUAAACUUGAUAACCUUACACUCAACAUCAUCACAGAGUUUGCCUAUGAAGAAGUUGCUCAUCUCAGGAUCCUCAAAAGAACUGUCGGUGGGUUCCCAAGGCCUCUGAUGGACUUAAGUGCUGGUAACUUUGCAAAACUGAUUGAUUCAGCAUUUGGAUAUGCCCUUGUCCCUCCCUUCGACCCCUACCAUGACAGCCUCAGUUACAUGAUAUCUUGUUAUGUGCUCCCCUACAUGGGACUCGUAGCGUACGUAGGCACGAACCCACUUCUCACAGGCUAUUAUUCAAAGAGACUCUUGGCAGGACUAUUAGGUGUUGAAUCUGGCCAAGAUGCUGUUAUUCGGACGUAUUUGUAUGAGCGAGCUAAAGAACAAGUACAUCCAUACAAGCAUACAGUUGCUGAAUUCACAGCACGCAUUUCAGAGUUGAGGAACCGGCUAGGAAAGUGUGGUAUCAAAGAUGAAGGCAUCAUAGUCCCAAAAGAGCUAGGAGCUGAGAACCGGACCACGACUAAUGUCUUGUCAUCAGAUGCUGAUUCCAUCUCUUACAUGAGGACUCCAGCAGAAGUACUAAGGAUUGUGUAUAGCACUGGGGAUGAGCACAUUCCUGGGGGGUUCUACCCAAAAGGGGGAAAUGGGAAGAUAGCAAGGGGAUUUCUCAAAAAGCAUUAGGGCAUCAUUCAGUAUUUUCUACUAAUAACUGUUCUAUGGUGUUGUUGUUGCUGAUAAAAUUAUGUAAUCCAUGUGGCUGUAUCACCUGUCAGUUAUUAUUACUACCAAUAAAGCAAUAAAUGCCAUGAUCAAGUCUUAAGCUCCAA